AGUGUGGAGGCGGGAGCCCAGGCGGCCGGCUUGGAACUCUGUGCGCGCGGGCCUGGAGCUGUGCCCCUCCGUCUUUUCCCGACUUCUGAUCCGCGGAGGGGCACUCGGAGCCCCAGCCUGGGUCGCAGUGUCUUCGGUCUGCGGGCCUCAGUUUCUCGGUCCGCGCCGGGGUUUGUGGGGGUACCUGAAGACAUUCUGGCCAUUCUCGCAGUCUCGGGAGGUCGCGUCCGCGCCUUGCCUGGCCUUACGGCGGCCGAUCUCGUUCUCCACUUUCUAGGUGGCGCUUGGACUCUCGUCCUCGGAGGGAGGCCCGUCGCCCGGUCUCUAGCUACGGAUCCCUGGACCCUCUUCGCGGGCGCUUCGCGUAGCCGCAGAUUGCCUCGGAUGAUGGCCUGCGACUGACAGUCCCUCAGCUCUUCUCAGCUCUCCUGAGGCUGCAGCUGUCAGCUCCCUGAUCCUCAGCACUUGCCUGGACCAGUGCAGGUCUACCACACCCCGUUCAGCCAUCCCUGUCCUGUUGUGUCGUGCAAGCCACGUCUGUCCACACCGCCCCACCUCCCGCCCCCCCGCAGUGCUGGCUCUCCUUUCUUCUGCCCUCUGCUCCCAGCAUGCCUCGUGGCCGGUGCCGUCAGCAGGGCCCUCGCAUUCCCAUCUGGGCAGCCACCAAUUAUGCCAACGCACACCCAUGGCAGCAGAUGGACCAGGCGUCUCCUGGGGUGGCAUACACCCCCCUUGUGGAUCCCUGGAUUGAGCGGCCCUGCUGCGGGGACCCCGUGUGUGUGCGAACAACCGUGGAACAGAAGAGCACAGCUAGUGGCGCUCGUGGCGGUAAACCUGCAGAAGGGGGUCCUCUAGCUGGGUGCUUGCCCAGCUCCCGACCCCGCAGGGUGGACUUCUGCUGGGUGCCAGGCUCAGACCCAGGCACCUUUGAUGGCUCCCCGUGGCUACUGGACCGAUUCUUGGCCCAACUGGGAGAUUACAUGUCCUUCCGCUUCGAGCACUAUCAGGACAACAUCAGCUGUGUCUGCGAGAUCCUCAGGCGCCUGACAGGCCGAGCCCGGGCCUGGGCAGCCCCCUACCUUGAUGGGGACCUGCCCCUGCCUGACGAUUACGAGCUCUUCUGCCAGGAUCUCAAGGAAGUUGUUCAAGACCCGAACAGUUUUGCUGAGUACCAUGCCGUGGUUCCCUGUCCCCUGCCCCUGGCCUCCAGCCAGCUGCCUGUGGUGAGGCAAUACUUAGCUAGGUUCCUAGAGGGCCUGGCACUCGACAUGGGUACUGCCCCCAGGUCUUUACCAGCCGCCAUGGCCACCCCUGCUGUGUCUGGGUCCAACUCUAUAUCCAGAAGUGCUCUGCUCGAGCAGCAGCUGACCAAGGAGAGCACUCCUGGGCCCAAGGAGCCCCCAGUCCUGCCCAGUUCUGCAUGUAGCUCCAAGCCUGGUCCUGUGGAACCAGCCUCUUCCCAGCCAGAGGAGGCAGCCCCCACACCUGAACCUGGACUGUCGGAGUCAGCUAAUCCUGCCCAGAGACCAGACCCCGCUCAUCCAGGGGAUCCAAAACCCCAGAAAACAGAGGAGGAGGUUUUGGAGAUAGAGGGAGACCAGGAGGUGUCCUUAGGUACCCCACAGUAGGUGGUGGAGGCCCUGGAGACCCCAGGAGAGCCACCACUUUCUCCUGGGUUCUGAGCACAGCCCAGGCGGGAACAAUGGUGCCCCUCGUGAUGAAGUGGCCUGUGUGGCUCGGGAGCCCCAUAGUCCCCAGUCAGAGCAGAGUGGAGUCCCCAGAUGACUUCAGACCCCAUAGCUGGGCAAGAUGCUCUUGUUUUGGACUCUGCACUGAGCAGAACCAGCUCCCCCUACUCCAGCAGAGCUUGACCUCCACCCUGUUCCCUUUCCCUGCUCCUGCUGGCUCUCGGCUGCAUCCCUGCCCAUCUCCUGGAAGUGCUGUCUCACCCAGGCCUGCUCCCACAAGGGGGUCGUUUUGUAGGUCAACUCUCAGCAGAUACUUGCAUCAUCUUUGUCACCUCCACCCCCAUAAAACACCCCCCUUGGUGUCUUCCACACUGGCUGGGACUGAACUGGGUCUGCCACGUCUGUCCUGUUGGGACCUGGUUCCUGAAUGGGGUUUCUGUGUCUGUCCCCCUAACCCUACCCUCUCUGCUCCUUGCGAUUUCUGUCCCAGCUGGAAUGUGAGGAAGGCUGCCUGGAGGAAGUGGUCACUUUGAUUCUGCUGGAUGAGUGGGAUAGCAUCUUGGCACAGAAUGAUGUUUCCUGUGGGUUUGUUUACCAGUAGUCCUGGGCAACUGGGAGGUUUGGAUGCAGGAAGAUAGGAUGCAAGUCCCUUGCCAGGCUCAGCUGUAGGCAUUCCCCCUUUGUGUGUUAACGCUGUAGUAGUCGGGCCUGGUGUUCUGAAGCAGGCUCCUCUUCCCCGCUGCUGUGCUGCUGUCCCCUGCGCCCUCCGUACUCGCAUGCAUCGUCGAUUCAGCACUUAAGCCCCAGUGAUGUAAAUGACUCGGAUCUCCCUCCUGGUGGACUGUGACCCUCCAGGACAGGGGCUCUGUCUUAGUCAGCUCUGUGGCCUGGUACACAAUUGGUGCUCAUUAAACAUGUGUUGGAUUACUGGCUGAGCCUGUGGUGCAGUGGCUGCCUACCAGCA